GUGAAUGAAAAUCAGCGGGCGCGAGCACUCUCGCUUGGCCUCCCUGCACACUUUUACGCUUUCGAAAAUCGGUAUACUUCUCGAACUACUUGUGAUGACAGCUUAUCGACUGCAGCUAUCCAGGAAGCCGAGGAGGAUGCACUUUUGGAAGCCGCUGUUCUUGCAGGUGUUCCAGAAAAGCACAGACAAGCUAAAUCUUCGCCUAAAUCAAUGGCUAGUCCGAUGGCUUCAGAAGCUACAAAAACAUCAAGAAAACCAGUAAUUAUUUCACUUUAA